GAGAGAGUAAACGGGGAAUCAUCAAAGAAAAAUAAAAAAUAAAAAAGUGUGACUCUUUUAAGCCAGCUCACACAACUCUUUAUUUAUUACUGGCUAGCUCUCUCUCUCUUAUUUUUUUUUUCUCCUUUCAAAAAAAAAAAGUCUAUAUACAUCCGAGAAAGACCUUGGGGGAAUCACAUCCAUUUAACAGACAAAAAGUUUUACUGUUAGUUAAAAUAAAAUAAAAAAAAAAAAAAAAAUACAUAUAAAAAAAAAAGGACUCUAAAUGACGACGAGUACAAGAGAGGAUUGGAAGAAGGAUUUCUAUAAAAAUGGCAUGCCUAAUGAAGUGAUUGUGAUAGAGGAUACACCACCACCUAGUACAACACCAGUCAAUAACACGCCUUACCGUGUUCAACAAAGUAUACCUUAUUUACUAGGUCCCCCCGCUUCUUCUACACGCUCCAAACGUAUCCGAGAGAGUCCUCCUCCUUCUUUCUUGGCUCCUCCACCUCCACCUCCCCCUUCCAACAAUACCACCACCUCUGCGGUGAAAAGGAGAAAAAAAGAUGUGGUUAUCAAGAGACCUUCCACUGCCGUUAUACCAUUACCCACCUCGUGUGAUGAUAAAGAUGGUCAUUAUAUCAUUAAGCCGAACGAAUCACUGACACCACGCUAUAAAAUGAUGAAACUAUUAGGCCAAGGUACUUUUGGUAAAGUUGUCGAGUGUUAUGAUCGAGUGAAACGUACUUAUUGUGCCAUAAAAAUCAUUCGAGCCAUUCCUAAAUAUCGAGACGCCAGUAAAAUAGAAAUUAGGGUACUUAACAGUCUAAAAGAACAUGACCCUAUCAACCUCAAUAAAUGCAUACAUUUAAUAGAAUGGUUUGACUACUGUAAUCAUAUAUGCAUGGUGUUUGAAUUGCUGGGUCAAUCCGUCUUUGACUUUUUAAAAGCCAAUGAAUUUAGACCCUUUCCCAUUCACCAUAUUCAACAAUUUGCAAAACAAUUACUUACCAGUGUUGCAUUCGUACAUGAAUUAAAGCUUAUUCACACCGACCUGAAACCUGAAAAUAUCCUGCUGGUGGACAGUCAAAGCGUCGAAGCGGGCAAUAUGCCUGGUGUAGACCCUAAAUCUAGAAUACUGCAGAACACGGACAUUCGGUUGAUUGACUUUGGUUCAGCCACAUUUGAACAGGACUAUCACUCGACAGUGGUAUGUACGCGUCAUUAUCGAGCGCCAGAGAUCAUUCUAGGGUUGGGCUGGUCCUAUCCUUGUGAUAUAUGGUCAAUUGGCUGUAUCCUAGUUGAAUUUCUGACGGGUGAUGCAUUAUUUCAAACCCAUGAUAAUCUAGAACAUUUGGCCAUGAUGGUAGUGGUGCUGGGAAAAAUACCCGCUAAAUUAAUUAAAGCCGCCAAUCGGGAUGCACAAAAGUUUUUUAAGGAUGGCAAGUUGAAAUACCCUGAUGUCGAUACCACCAAACAAAGCAAAAAAUACGUUCGCGCAUUGAAGCUACUCAAGCACAUCAUCAACCCUCAAACAAACGCAAGGUAUCAAUUCCUCGACCUCUUAUCUAAAAUGCUCGUUUACGAUCCAGCACUUCGUAUCACCGCACGAGAAGCAUUAAGGCAUCCCUUCUUCAUGAUCAAUUUUGACAGUCUAGGUCAAGAAAUAGCCGAAAACUAAAAAAAAAAAAAAAAAUGUACACCUUCUUUUUUUUCAUAUUAUCCCCUCUUUCUUUUUUAGAAGAAAAACUAAUAAUUGCCUCACUGAUAAAAAAAAAAAAUCUACCAGAACAGCCAGUAGAAUAAAAAAAAAAAAAGAAGAAAAAAAAAAUAGAAAGAGGCCAAACAGUUUUUUUUUUUUAUUUUUUUAUUUA